GGCCAAAAAGGAGCAGUCCGUCCAUGACCAGGUGGUUAAACGACGCCUUCGCAGUGCAGGAGAAAAGGUGCUAAGAUAGUCAUCGGAUUGAGUUCAUUUUCUUUAUAUUGGCGAAGCAGAAAAGGUCACAUUCUAUCUGAAUCUUGAAAAUGGUUUCGUUUGAGAUGAAUGACCGAAAAAAAAUUGGGCUAGGAUUGACCGGAUUCGGCAUUUUUUUCUCAUUCCUGGGAGUCAUUUUUUUCUUUGAUAAGGGGUUACUUGCCAUGGGGAAUAUCCUCUUCUUAUCAGGGGUGACAUUAACUAUUGGGCUGAACUCUACCAUGCAAUUCUUUAUGAAACGUCAAAAUUUUAAGGGAACAAUGUCAUUUGGUAUUGGCUUCUUCUUGGUUGUCAUAGGAUGGCCGAUCUUGGGUAUGAUUUUAGAGGCAUAUGGGUUCAUCGUACUCUUCAGUGGCUUUUGGCCUACACUGGCGGUUUUUAUACAGAGGAUACCUGUUCUUGGUUGGGUAUUUCAGCAGCCAUUUGUUAGAUCGGUAUGCCUGUUUUUUGGAACUCACAAUGUUUUUCUUCACUGCUGGAUUCAUGUGUGUUUGCAUGCUUCCAUGUUAGAUUUGAUUCUUCAUUAAAAAUCUUUUUAUAUAAGCCAUUUUACCAUUGGGCAGCGCACUGGUGAAAUAUUGAGAAGCAAUCCAAUCUCGAUUUUGAGUCAUGUGUCUUUGAAUUUUAGUGGUUUCUGUUUAUAUCAAACUAAUGCUCUUGUUUUUUGGCGUGUUUAUAUUAGUGUGUAUAUAUAUUCCUAAUAUUAAAAUCUCUAAAUAUUUUAAAAUCAUGUGCUAUUCAAAAUCUCUGAAUAUUUUAAAAUCAUGUGCUAUUUUGCUUGCAAGUUAUUUGUCAUACAUAAAACUUUUAUCUAUCCAAUAAAAACCCCAUGGUUCCUAAUGUUUCAUUUGGCAAUUUAGCCUCUCAAACCAGAAAUCUUGGCUCCACUUGUUAGUUGUUGUAGGAAGGUGGGUCAAAUUGGUAACCUGAGCUAAUAGCAUAGUUGUAUGUCGGAGGGGACAAAGUUGCAAUUAAAUUGAAGACAUUAUUGUUACUAAGUUGACAGCGAUUAAGUGGAUGUGGCAUUAUUGUCAUUUAAAUGGAUGGAACUUACUGUAUUAAGGGAGAAGGCAUUGCAGUAUAAUGUAAUAAUUCUUGAUUAAUAGUAUUUUUAAGAACCAACAUUGUUCUGAGGCACACAAUGAGAUAUAAGAGCCAAAUCUUUGCAAAUAUGACUCUGGUUGAAAAUAACUGUGUUGCUUUAAAACACUGGAAGUUUGCUCUAAAGUAGAAAAUCCCAGAUCCUUCUUCGUUGUUGGGCUGAAAAGCCAAUGGUUUUCCCACCCACAUGUCAGACAGCAGCAUUUCUCUACUGUUUGGUAGUUCUGAUUAUUAUCCCUCCUCCCAUUUCUCCACCUCUCUCUCACUCUAUAAAUAUAUAUAUAUAUAUAUAUGUAUGUAUUCCCUCCCCUCCCAUUUCUCCACUCUCCUCUCUCUCUCUCUCUCUCUCUCUCUCUCUCUCUAUAUAUAUAUAUAUAUAUAUAUAUAUAUUUAUACAUGAGUGAGUAUAUAUUUGUAUAUUUGUCUUGAGUAGAUUAUUAAAAAUUUUCUGUAAAUCUGUGGAUUUUGGAUUGACGUGAUGUGUGUUUUGAUGAAAGGUUCACUGGAAAUCUUACUUGCAAAGAUCUCUGUAAGAUAUGAAACACAUGAAAAUGAAGGAGUUUCAUUUCCUUAAUUAUAUAGUAAUGUGCUUAUAAAUAUUAAUUUCUUACAAGUAAUGAUUUUUAUUUCCACGAUGGGAGAUACUAGGUGGGCAACUGUAUUGUAAUUUAAUGAAAGAGAGUAAUUUGUUCUGUUAAGAAAACUUUGCUUUAGUAAGGCUUAAUUUUUUUAAAUAGGGAGAGAUAAAUUAUAAACUUAUAACAUGAAAAUAUCAAAUAAUAAUUAUCUAUUUUUAUUUUUGAAAACUUGGAUCUUUGCCUAAGCUGUCUCAACAAAAUAAAUUAUCAGGGAGAUUAUAGGUUCUACUUAGGUGGUGAAUUUCCUUUUGUUUUGUUUGCUUGUUUGUUGUUUGGUUAUUUAUUUAUUUAUUUAAUUUUGUGGUUUUUUGGUAACAUAAAGACACUUGUAAAUUUGUUGGCUAGACCGGGAGCAUUGGUCCCCCUUACUCCAACUUUCAGUUAAUGAGUAAGGAUUUGAACCCUGAGCAACUGCUUGAAUUCAUUGCUGUAAACGCCUUUGGUUCUAUCAGGCUGGAAUGGAAUCGAAACUAUAACCUUGAUUCUUAUUCAAUUUGCACAAUUCCCAUGUGGGGUGGCGUGGGGUGGGGUGGGGGGGGUGGUGUUGAACUGCAUCCUGGUCGGGAUGUUGAUUCCCUCAUUUAAUAAGUGGUGUUUACUCCUUUUACUUGUAGGAAUUGCAAUUUCAUUCUUCACUCAUUUUUGAAAAAGACAUUUAUAACCCUCAUCAAAAAAUUUCCCUAAAACCAAAAAAACAAGUUGAUCGUCUCUUAAUCAUGCCACCGGUGAUAAUUAUAAUAAUUGUAAAUAAUUGACCCUGUUACAUAGAGUUUAGUUCUCUGUUUAGGUUGCAUUCUUUGUAACUGGUUUUUAUUGAUGUAAAGGGAGGAUUUCUUAUUCUUCCUGUCUUUUCUUUUCCUUUCUCUUUCUAAUUUUAUGAUGUUCAUUUUUCUCUCUUUUAACACAUUUUUUGUUUAUCAAAAAAGGGAAAAAAACAUCAACAAUAACAUAAAUUAAUAAUAAUUAUAAGAAUGAUAAUAAUUAAUAUUAUAAAAAUAAUAAAAAAUAACAAUGGCGACAAUAAUGAGGAUAAGGACAAAAAAAAAAAAAAAAAAAGUUAUUAGUAUUAUAAAAACUACAAAAACAACAACAGUAGUAUAGUAAUAAUAAUAUAUUGUUAUUCUUGUUGUUUUAUUAUUAUUAUUAUCAUCAUUAUUAUUUCAUAUGAAACAUAACUGGAAAAAUCCAAACAAAAAUAUCAUUUAUUAAUAUUGUUAUUAAAAAAUGUAAAAAUGUUAUGAUCCAAAAGAUAAAUAAAAUUAGUUGGAGUUCAUAGUUAUGAAAGAUAAUAAAAUUGAAUUAUUUAAUUUUGCAGUAGGGGUAUUUUUGAAAAUAACUAAUUUUUAUUUCUAUUAUCCAAACAUUGGAAAGGAAUUGAAAUUUCUAUUCCUAUAACCAUUCUGUGUGAACAAAUGCCUUGUUUACACCAUUCUGUGCAAACAAAUGCCUUCUGUAAACAAAUGCAGUAAUCAGUGAUUCUAUUCUUGUUUUGAGGUCCCUUUCCUACUACAAUUUUAUUCUAUGAACCAAACAAGGGUUAAGACCCUUACUAUUGAGCUUUGCUUCAGUUGGUAUCAGGCAUGGCAUUAAUGGUUGUUUUCUUUGAAGCUGGAAUGAGAUAGCAAUUUGACCUAUGAAAGCUCUAAUUUGUGGAUGGAAUAGACUGGCCGCGUACAUGGGGAGCUGCAUAACCUAAAAAUUUUCCCAAUACCCUAUUCUUCUGGGGCAAGGGUAUUUGAGCAGUAAUUAGUAAUAGUUGUCAUGGGAAAAAAAGUGAUAUUAGGCUUGGGAAGUGUUUUGGUGAGUUCAUGCCUAGCUGCUCUAGCCUACCUUGAGGACUAGACCUAAUACAAGGAUAACCUAGAGACCAGGACACUACAAACUUAGAUUUUCUUUGCCAAGCUUAGAUUUUCUUUUCUUGUCAUGUGCAGUUUUUAUUUUCUUGUCAUGGUGCAGUUCUUUGAUCGUUACCGUGGGAAACGUGUGCCGGUAUGACCCUAAAGUAAUUGAAGCACAGGGAAGCAGUAGAGUCUUCUUUGGAAGUGUUAUAAACAGCCCCCAGUUCAAGAUAUUGAGGACUUGACCGCUCUGCGGCUGCAUGUACCAAUAUCACUUCUCAGUGUCCCAUUCUCUGGGUGGUCCAAGGGUUAUUGCCUUUGAAUCACUAUCAUGAAAAAAUAUUUUCCAGUGGGAAGUUGUAUACAUAAAAAUGAUGUUUGGAUGAUUUUGAGCAUCCAAUUUGAAAAUUGUUUGCUGCAUUCUUUUAUCUUUCAGUUGGUAUUGUAGGGAAUUUUCCAGUGUGGAAUUAGGGAGCCAAAUGGCCUCAAGUUUCCGGACUUUCAUGUAAAUAUUAGGUGUUGAUGCAAAUUUUUGAGUUCCCAACCUCAA